AUGCUUCCAUCCCUGCUACGGCCUUUCUCUCGGCUAAGACGGUCGUGGAGACCCCUUGAUUUCUCUAAUCCAAAAAUUACACGGAUGAACAAGAGUCAGCAGAUCGAAGAAGAGACCAUCCCAGAUUAUAUUGCUUCACGGUAUCAUCCUACUCGAAUAGGACAAGUCUUUCAAGACCGGUAUCAGGUCGUAGGAAAGCUAGGAUUUGGAGCUAGUUCGACUGCGUGGCUUGCGCGGGACAUGAAUUGUCGUAGUUACGUCACGCUUAAAAUAUUCAUUAACUCCACGUCUUUGGGACAGCAGUCAGAUGACGAGCUUAAGAUGUAG